AUGAACUUAGAUGAUGAUGAAGAUGAUGUCGAGAAUAAUGGCAGUGAGGAGGAAGAAAAUGAAGAGUUUGAUGAUAAGAUGGACGUCGAUGAUGAUGAACAAGAUCAAAAACAAGAUAAAGACGACGAGAAUGCAGAGCCGGAAGACCAGGAAGCAGACAUUGAAAAUGACGAUGAUGCAAACGAGUCAGCUGAAGAUGAUGGCGACGAAGAAGAAGACAAUGAAGUUCCUGCUGAAGGUGACGCUGAAACUAACGAGGAUCCUGGUAUGGAGUCUGAAGAAGAAGAUGUUGCGCAAGCUGAAAAUCAGGAAGAAGAAAAUGAAGAGCAGAAGGAUGAAGAUGCAGCAGACCAAGGCGACGAAGCUGCUGAGGGAGUCGAUGGAGCUGAAAACAACCAAGAGGAGGAUGUUGACGCGGAUGCAGCAACAAAAACAGAAGCAGGUGAAAAAGGAGACGGUGCUGAUAACCAAGUAAUGGAAGAACAGGAUGACAUGGGCGCUUCUGGCGGAGCAUCUUCCGAUUUGAAACAGGAGGAAGACAAAAAAGAAGAGGGUUCCAAUGAUGACGGCGCUCGUGAUGAAAUGAAGGAAUCAUUGAAGCAGUUGGGUGAUUCUUUGAAGGAAUUCCACCGCCGCAGACAAGAAAUCAAGGAAGCGUCGAACGAAAUGGAAGAAGAAACUGAGAAUAAAGCUGACGUCAGACCAGAUGAGUUCCAACAUGUCGAUGGGGACAACUCUAAGCAUGACACCCAGGCUUUAGGUGCCGCAGAUCAAAAAGACCAAGUCCAAAGCAUCGAUGAAGACAUGGCUAUCGAUGAUGAAGAGGAAGAAGAGCCAAAACAGGAAGAGGAGAAUGUUAAAAUAGAGGAAGAGGAUAACAUGGAAAUUGACGAAGACGCACUAGAAGCCGAGAAGGCGGAAAAUGAAGCUGAAGACUUCGACGCAAAGACAAAUGGAGCAGUUGUUGGUGAGAGAAGAGCUUUGAAGGAAGAACAGGAUGAAACCCUUCUUGCAAACGCAGAGUUUGAAGAUACAGAAGCUGAGAAGGAAUUACAGCUGUACAAGGAAGAGGAAUAUGUGUUAGGCAGAGAAGAUAUUCCUGCUAUGACUAUGAACGAGGCAAGAGCCUUAUGGAAACAUAGUGAGAUCGCCACUCAAGAGCUUGCUGCCGGGUUAUGUGAGCAGUUGAGAUUAAUUCUUGAGCCAACAUUGGCCACGAAAUUGAGAGGUGACUACAAGACUGGUAAAAGACUCAACAUGAAGAGAAUUAUUCCAUAUAUUGCAUCUGACUUCCGGAAGGAUAAGAUCUGGCUCAGAAGAACCAAACCAUCUAAACGUCAAUACCAAAUAAUGAUUGCCGUGGAUGAUUCCAAGUCUAUGAGUGAAAGCAAAUCGACUGAAUUGGCGUUUCACAGCAUUGCCCUUGUUUCUAAAGCUCUCACACAAACUAGAGAGCGGUGGUUUGUCUGUUGUAAGAUUCGGCGAAGAUGUUAA